UGGUGGUGUUGGGGACCCUAGGGCUUUUGGGGUAGCUUUCCAGGGAGGCUACUGCCGUAUCUCAUCCGUCACUUUCAAGAGUGUUUUUCUCGAAUCCAUCUCUCUCUCACCAUCCCUCAUCCCUUUCUCCUUCUUCUCUCUCUCUGGCCCUCUGCUCUGUUGUUUCAGUUGCCAUAACUCCACUCCCUCACUCUAUCAGAAUCAGAAACAGCAGUAAGAAGAAGGUAAGGUAGUCCAGUGAGUCAGUAGUGAAUUCCAUUUCUCAGCCAUAAAUUCAUUUCUUUGUCCCGACGCUGCUACUCUGCAAUAUAUACACCAGUAUAUGUAUAUCCUCUCUUUACACAUUAUUACUCUGUCUCUUACUGGCAUUAAUUCCACCCUUCCUUCCCUCGCCAUUCCUCCUCUUCCACUCUGGCUUUCCUGCCGGCCCUCUCUCUCUCUCUCUCUCUCCGUUUUCUCUCUCACACACUCGCACAGUUGGAGCAUCAAAGCAGAAUAAUUAUAGGUUUAUCGUAUCGAUAAAAAAAAAGGAAAAUUAAUCUAGUACCACUACAGCGUUUUUUUUUUGUUUUUAAUAUUCUCUCAGUUGUGAGAUCUACAACUAUUUUUGUUUGCACUCUAAGCUAGUUGAGUUGCUAUUUUGAAAGAAAAUUCAAUAGCUAAAAGCCCAAAAAAAAAAAAGAAAGAAAGAAGAAGGAGAUAAGAGGAAGGACGUUGCUGAGAAAUUUUUUUUAUGGUUGUGGGAUUUGAAUGAGGAGCGAUCAUUGAGGUCAUGAGCUAGGGUUUUGAGAGAUGGAGGGGAGAGCCUUUAUGAAGAAGCACUAUAGCAAUAAUAACAAUAGUAGCAGCAGCAGCUGUAGCAGUAGCAGGCAAGUGAACAACGGUUCCAGUGCCAGUCCUGAGAGAGCUAAGGUCUGGACGGAGAAGUCUCCCAAGUACCAUUAUCAUCAACCCCGUCACCAUAAUCGCAAUCAGAAACAGCACCAGCAAAACGGUAGUAACAAUAAUACUAGUAAAGGUGAUUCAAGGGUGGCGGUGGUUUAUUAUCUAUGUAGAAACCGCCAGCUGGAGCAUCCUCAUUUUAUCGAAGUCCCCCUCUCUUCACCUGAUGGCCUCUACCUUCGAGAUGUAGUUGAGAGGCUAAAUGUUUUACGAGGCCGACGCAUGGCUUCGAUGUAUUCUUGGUCUUGCAAGAGGGGCUACAAGAAUGGCUUUGUGUGGCAUGAUCUCUGUGAAGAUGACUUAAUCCUUCCAGCACAUGGUAACGAGUAUGUUCUCAAAGGCUCGGAGCUCUUUGAAGAUUCUAAUUCAGGUCGGUUUACCCCUGCUGGAAACGUUAGAUUGCAACUUCCAAAAGCACUACCAGAGCCGCCAUCUUCUAGAAGCCAAGAUGAUUCUUCAUCCUCUUCUAGCAUGAAUGAGAGAGCUACAAAACAUUCUCAAGAUGAUGAGCUGUCUCCUCCAGUUCAGCGUCCAGGUUCAUCGGCUGUAUCCCCAGAGUCUAGUGUUGGGAAGAAUUCCUCCUGGAAUGGUUCUCUCAGCUUGGCAGAAUACAAAGUUUACAAGAGUGAUGGUCUAGCUGAUGCCUCCACUCAGACUGAUGAGAAUGGCAACCGAGUUAAUAAAGCUCGAGAGACUUGUACGCGAGGCGUUUCAACUGAUGAUGGGACAUCAGAACCUGAAAGUGGUGCCACUCAACCACGGGAUUCACAAGUAAAAGAAACCUCAGAGAUCUGCAGGGACAGAGAUUAUGUUUCACCUCCUCCAUCUUCAUCGAGUGCAUCAUCUUCUGGUGCUAGGACUGAUACCUUGGAAUCCCUCAUCAGAGCUGAUGCAAGAAAAUUCAACAGCUUUAGGAUUCUUGAAGAGGAGGAGUUCCGAAUGCCAUCCAGUACAAAAUUUAAGGCUUCAAAUAUGCUUAUGCAACUGAUCUCGUGUGGGUCAAUUUCAGUAAAAGAUCACAGCUUUGGCCUUAUCCCAGCUUACAAGCCAAGGCUUACUGGCUCCAAGUUUCCUUCUCCUUUCUUCUCGUCAUCCUUCAUGUUGGGAGAGCUUGAUUGCCUUACAGAGAAUCCAAGGUUUAUUGGUCUGAGGCUGGAAGAUAAGGAAUACUUCAGUGGCAGCUUGAUUGAGACUAAUGCUCGGAAGGAAGGAGUAGCUACCUUAAAACGAUCUUCUUCAUAUAAUGCUGACAGGAGCAAUAAACAAUUUGAUUUAGAGGAGGACAAAGAAGAGACAAGUACGACGCAAUCAAAGUGCAUCCCACGAUCAAUCAAGGCUUCUUUGUCUAAGCAACCAAGAAGUGAAUCAAUGAGAUCUCCUCUUUCAGAUGGACCUAGGAUCUCGUCUGAUGGAGUGGAGAGUUCACGAAGUAUUUCGUCUAAUGUAUCAAAUGGAGGAAGUAAGAGACACACAGAACCUUCUUCUGGGAAUAACCAAUCAAGACGAACAGAUUCCUUCAGAGGCGAGAAGGAAAAUGUAAUCAAAAUUGAAGAAAGGCUUGCUUCAGGAGCUCGGGUUAUAAUACAAUCAGAGGCACCUCCAGAUGGUCAAAGUGACUUGUAACCAUUAUCUUGAAGGUUGAGAAAUUCAGAGUUAUAGUCACCUAUGUGGAUUUUUACGUCUUUUGCUCUUGCAAGUGAAUAGCAUGUUCUGAAAAUCUGCACUUCAGAAAGUGCAGAGCAAUCAGGUCACUAGCUGUCCAGAAAAUUUUGAUGUAAAGUUAGCUGUAGACUUGGGGAAUUCUCAAGUUCUAUGGGUCCGGGAGAGCUUUCAGGUACAAUGCUGUAUGAGAAGGUAGUGAGUGUUUCACGGAGAAUUCGGUUUAAAUUGUCGCAGCUUCUGCUUUUGUAAUGUGUAUAUGUGUUGCUUUUAUUUUGCGCUGGGAGCAAAGAUUCUUCUUCUGUAGGUCA